GUGUGAAGAUUUUCCUUGAAUCUUUUGCUGAAUCUGAUCACUACCACCGCCCACAUAUAUAUACAGCGGUAGCGGCUCAUCAGUUUCGUAAUUGUUCAAUAAAGACAAGUGCGAGAGUUUGAGUGGUUAAUUAGUUGUGAACUACUAAGAUUCGUUUAGUUGGUUGAGAGUGUUGUUGUUAGUUGUGAAUUACUUCAAAGAUUCGUUUGGUUGGUUGCGAGUGUUUGUUCUUUAUAGGCAAGUGUAGGAGUGUCGUUGUUAGUUGUGAACUAGUACUAAGAUUCGUUUGGUUGGUUGCGAGUGGAGUUGAUGGCAUCUAAAAGGACCUUUGACGACGAGGAAGAUCAUCAAGGUAAUGAUGACAGAGAUCUUGGACGUCUCGCUAAGAGGAGACAUGGCGACCCACAAGAAGCCGAGGCCAUGUUCAUUGCUUCUCUUAUUGCCUCGCACUUGAGACCUGCAAUUCAAAAAGAGAUUAAAGAGGGGCUCCGAUCUAUGUUCCGGGGUUGCGCAUGCCUGUGUUCCCCCCGAUCAUCCAUUAACCAACAGGGUGGCGCUUCUACUUCUGGAGGCAGAGCCAUGCAAUUGUGCUUCGUGAAUAAACUGCCUAUAGAAUUUUUCACCACGUUCAAUAUCACAGCUGAGGACGGUGGUCCAGUUCAAAUUGAGCUGCGUUAUGCUGGAUCGCAACAACGCGUAGUGACGGAACAAGUUUCUAACAUGAAGGUUCAGAUCUGUGUCCUAGAUGGUGAUUUCGGUAAGGACGGAAACGAGGACUGGAGUGCAGAUGAAUUUAAUGCCCAAAUUGUGAAACCAAGAGAGGGGAAGGGGCAAUUACUGAAAGGAGAGACUGUUAUUAAACUUGAAAAGGGGUUUGCUUGUAUCAAUAACAAGAUCGAGUUUACUGAUAACUCUAUCGGCACAAGAAACAAAAAGUUUCGGUUAGGAGUUAAAUUUCUGCAAUCUACUUCCGUUAGCGUUAGCGUUAGGGAAGGCAGAAGUGAAGCCUUCAGGGUUAAGGAUAAACGAGGAGAGCCGUACAAGAAACGCGACCGUCCCUCGUUGAAUGAUGAGGUAUGGUGUCUGAAGAAUAUAAGAAGAAACGGUGAUCUUCACAAGGAUCUUUUGAAGAAUAAAAUAAAAACUGUCAAGGAUCUUUUGCGCUUGAACACAAUCGGUUCAUUACGGGAGAAAUUCGGCAAGGUUAAAAAAUGGGACGAAAUCAUCGAACAUGCUGAAAAAUGUGCAGUUGACGAUGAUGGGUUCUACAUGUAUCGCUAUGAUGCAACCGUUUCCCUUGUCUUGAACUGCAUCUAUAAGGUUGAGGCGAUUUUUUAUGGGCAACACUAUCGGUCUCUGCAAUCUCUGAAUUUGGAGGAGCAGCGUUUGGUGGAAAGAGUUAAGCAGGAAGCAUACCAAAAUUUGCAGAAUCUGGUGCCAAUUCCGACGCCACCACCACAUGACAUAGUGAAGACUUUGACGGGUACACAAUACGGUUCACCAGAUCAAGGUCAGCAAGGGCAAUCAGAACUUUGGAUAUCCACCACCUCAACAUCAAUUGUGCAUGAAGCGCCACUAAACUUGUCUGGUGGGUCGCAGGUUGUCCCCGUUGAAACAUAUAAUAUUGAUGAUGGAACCGGAUGGGACAUUGGUCAAUUUGAAAGUUACAUUCUUCCUAACCAAUUAUUGGAGCCAGUUAAUCCUUGCUCUUUUCCCUAUGGCGAUGGAGCAACAUCUAGCAAUCAUUCGUUUUUCCUCAACCCUGCUGUGUAUACAUCAAGCAAAGGGAAAAGCAAAACAGUUUGGCAGAAGACUCGAAACAUUCUCAAAUGGGUCAUACCUCAUGUCACCAAAUGGAAGGUGUUCCGACCUCAAAUCCUUCAACAUUAUUAGGUGGACUGUUAAGAAAAGUAUUUCAGUUGGUUGAGAAGAAAUAAUAUUUAUAAACCGACUCUUAAUCUUGAUUUCUAAGCUAUCGAAAAAGGAGACAAAACUUUUUCUGUAUUGAAUAAUAGUACUCGAUUCUUUAAGUUUGGGAUUUGUAUUUAUUCCCUCAAUAUGUGUUUUUCCAACGCCAGGUGUCAAUUUCUUUAAUUUAGUAUUUAUUAGUUUAUAAAUUACUUGUGUCAAUUUAUCUGUACCCAUUGCCAUUAGGCCAUGUUAAUUCUUUUCUGUAAAAUAAAAAAUAGCAUUAAAAAAGUGUGAAAAGGGAAUUUAAUGA